ACAUUUCCAACAAACUUUGCUUCUAUUUCUUCCUCCUUGUUUGUACCACUUAUUAUAUCCCUUUGGCUCUUGCUUUAUCAAACAAAGAUGAAAAGACUCCCACUUGUGGCUCACAUUUCUCUACUUUUCGUGAUUUUUUUCAUCAUACUAAUGAUUGGUAGCAGUCUUGAUGCUACUCGCUGGGAUCACAUGAGCUUUAAUGCAGAAGAUACUCACAGAACAAUCAACCAUUCAAGGCACCAGCAGGAAAAAACUAAAGAAGUACUUGGUAUGGAGUUAUACCCUACAGGAUCCAGCCUCCCAGACUGCUCCCAUGCAUGCGGACCAUGUUUUCCGUGCAAAAGGGUGAUGGUGAGCUUCAAAUGCUCUGUUGCAGAGUCUUGUCCAACCGUCUACAGAUGCAUGUGUAAAGGAAAAUAUUAUCGCGUACCCUCCAAUUGAGCAUAAACUUCAAUCUGGAGGAAUAUGCAGCAAAAAACAAAGCAAUUAAUGAUUUAGUUAGCACUUAGCACUGAGAUGACUAUGGAUAUAAUGAAGACUGAGACUACAGUUUCCGUUGAUUUCAUUAGGGUUAUUUCCUUGUACUGGGAUCAUUCUGUCUAAGAGAGUAACUGAGACAACAAAUUUUCAAGCACAUGAAGUGAGAUGUUGGGGUAGUUUAAUUGUAUGCGAUAACAUUUCCAUUGUUAUAUUCUACUUGUAAUGAAAUCUGGUUUAUCCUGCUCCCCA